UCUUCCCUCCCUCCCUCCUCGCGCAAUGCCUCUCGGGAGCGGUAGUCCCUUCCCACCGGCUCCUCUUCCCAGGCCUGGUCGUGCUUUCCGCCCGCCAUGCCCGGGGGAAGGGGCGGCAAGGCCCGCGAGGCCGCCAACCCGGCGCUCGGGGGAGGGCUCGAGUCGGUGACGGAGCGGGUCCUGCGCGAGGCCCACGCGCUCUAUGUGCAUCCGGGUCACGGUCUGGUGACUAUCGGGGCACGGCUGGGACUGACCCUGCUCCCACCGCGCCGCAAAGUGACCGUCAUGGUCAUGGGCAACCACAGCGCUAGCAAGAGUAGCUUCAUUAACUGGUAUGUGGAAGAGCACAUUCAACGAACUGGUGUUGCUAUUGAGACUCAGGGAUUCACCUUCAUCACCAGUGGAAGAAAACGAGAAUCUCUCACGGGCAAUGCUACACUCCAUCUGUACCCUCAUUUCCAGGCUUUGCAGAGUUUUAAAGGGGUGCCAGAGUACCUCAGCACUGAGAUUUGCACCUCCAAACAGAAGCAGUUCCCUUUGGUCACCUUCCUUGACACUCCAGGCUUGGUAGAUGGUGACAUGAAAUAUCCAUUUGAUGUAGAAGCAGCACUUAUAUGGUUUGGUCAGCUCUGUGACCUCAUUCUGGUCUUCUUUGAUCCUAUGGGGCAGGCCCUUUGCAAGCGCACCCUCAACAUUGUGGAGCAGCUCAAUGAGGGCCAUGGCGACAAGCUGCAUUUCUACCUCAGCAAAGCUGAUGAGGCUGGUGCAGAGGGGGACAGACAGAGGGUGCUGAUGCAAAUUGUCCAGGAACUUUGUAAGCGCCCGGGUCUCAACAAAUGUGGUUUUGACAUGCCCACAAUCUACAUCCCCAGCCCCAGUAAGCCAAGCCGGUGCAUUAAUCAGAUUGAGGAAAUCUGCCGAUCUAUUGAGAAGACAAUCAGCCAAACAGUGCAGCACACACUCAAUGCCCUGGAGCGGGAUUGCCAUCUCAUUAAUGAGGCUACACUUCGUCUGCUAGAGGAGGACAAUGAAACCAGAAGCAGCAACUUCCGUGCCCGCUUCCGGGGGAUACUCCUGGGGAUUGCUGGGUGCCUACUGCCCAUCUUUCUCCUUGUAACCUUGCUUUUUGGCACUUCCAUUUCUCGCCAAUUGUGGACUCUGGUCUUGGGAAAGGAGCAAAGCCAAGCAUUGGAGCUAUAUGUGCGUCCGGUUGCCACAGUCUGGAGUUUUGUCCCCGAAGAGCAAACCUUAACAGUAUUCUUUGGCCUUUUCUUCCUCUCCAUUUUCUUCUUGCUCUUGGCCAGUUAUACUUUCAGGACGAAGCCCACGCUGUCAAAAAAGCAGAAGCGGCAGCUGGCCGAUCGGCGAGAUUACGUGUUAGACGUGGUGCUGGAAAAAAAGAAACAUCUCUAUGAGGAAUACCUUCGCUUGAGUAUUGGCGAGCAAGACCUGAGCUGAAACUCCCCAAUGUGUUCAGUCUCCUAUUUCCAUGAGACACUCAACCCCCCUCUCCCAUCCCACCUUUCUAAGUUGCUCCAGAGAAGAGACUCUCCUACAACUGUGAAUCUUCUAAGGGGCCAGUUAGAUGCCUUCCAGUCUGGUGGGCACCUUUUUCCACAUAGGUCAAAGAGUAACCUUAUAUUUGGAUAGCUCCGGUGUCUUAUGAUCUUUCAUACUGUGACUAACCAUAUCUGCAUUGCCAUUCACCCGAAAUUAGUGAUGUACUUCCUCUGCUUCCGCUAUCCUUAUAUCUGAUUGGUCAGUGCCUUGGGAUUUUCCUGUUACCUCUAAUUUAAAGAUGGGAGGAACAGCGACACUUCCAAAUGGCUCUUCAUGUUUAAUUGGAUUAUGCAAUUUUUUCUAUCCUAAAUGAUUUAAUAACUAUGCCUCAAGUCUUUAAAAGAUAAUGUCAAAUUACAGGCCAGUAUAAUGCUUAUAACUCCUGUAGUGAGGGACAGGCAUUUUUUUUCAUUUGUUUUUACAGACCAGAUUAGUAUUUCCCUUUUUUCAGUUCUACAUCUUCUCUGUGUCAUGGCCUAGCUCAAUUCAGCCUGUGUCCAGUCAGUUCACGUGUCAACACACCCAGUUGACUAGGCCUUGACCCAUCGCAUGGGGUAAGGACUAUGAAUUGGGAGGCCUUUUUGUCUCUCUGCAGUGUUAUCUUUGUCAUAUUUAUCUUUGAACCUCACAGGAUAUUUUGUUGGGCCAUGCAAAGGCUCUUAUCAUCCUUUGUCUCACAUUUAACAAGUGCCUUCAAAUCACACCAGCUCUUGAAAUAGAUGGAGGGUUGUUUUUGCAGAUACCACUAUCUUUCUUUGUUCCUACCUAUACUGUGAAACCAUCCCCAUACCUGUGAUUUGUUCAGAAUUCAGCUAUUUUUGGACAACAGCUUUCAGAAUCUCCCAGCUAGCAUCACCAGUGACCUCUCCAGCAGAGGGAUUUUGGCAGUUGUAGUCCCAAAAAAAGAGCUUUUUUUCAAGAUCUCAGUCUGCUAUAAGCUAUAACUUAACCCAGCACCUACGGUAGCAUACUAAAAAUCUCAUCCCUCCUUUCCUCCAGCAUCAGAAAGAACUUUACACUGGAAAGAGAGCUGUCGAAAAUAAUGUAACCUGUUGUAUUCCCUCACUGCUUGUUGAUACUAGGGCCCUACCAUUGUCAGUUUUUUUAUGUGCCUCAGUGAUGGCUUGAGGUGGUAUCCAGUAGUGACAAGCUUCUACAAGAGCUUUGAAAUACUCUGGGUAUCUCAAAACAUUAAGCAAAAUGACUGUAGUAGCAGUAGUUACUGAUCAUACUGGGAGGAACAGAGGCUAUUCUCAGGCUAGGAGCUUUUUGCAAUUCAGGGGAGGGGAAGCUUGUGGCCCUGUAGACAUUCAGAUUAUGGCUGCAAUCAUUCUUAAAGAUGCCACUAGCACUGACCGAAAUUGUAGCCCGGUAAUAUCUAGGAGGCCGUGAGGUUCCCACCCUGCUGUGUAAUCCCUUGCCUUAAGAAAUGCUUUACUUGUCUGUAGCACUUAAUCGGCAGAUGAGGCAAGCUUAAUAGCUAUCAUAGCUCCAACAAGUUACACUCUGGGCUGUAGCUGCUUAAGCUUCAUGCCCAAAUUCCAUAUUAGACUGUAGUGAAGCUGCUCAAACAGAACAGUUUGCUCAAGUGUUUUGUUUACAUCAAACAUGGCGAAUGUUUUGGACUGCCAUUUUCACAACUCCUUAUCAUUGGCCUGAUGGGACAUGUAGGCAAAAACAUCUGGCAGACCAUACAUUCCCAUACUUUCUGGUUUACACAAUUUCCUUCCCAUGUCAUACAGGAAAUAACCAGUAUUAGUAAUGGGAAUUAAUGUCAGUCAUUGGCUUUGAGUUUGACUAGUAAUUGAAGUGCUUCAGGAAGGCUGGGGGAACAAGAAGAACUGAUGGGUACGGCAUGGAUUUCCUAACCUAUUUUCAGUUCCUCCCCAACCUCCUUUCCGUUAGUUUGCAUACAUUGCUGCUAAAGUGACCGUUGAGGGGCUGAGAAGACAUAUUUAUUUUUUAAAAAUUGCUAGGUAUCCUUUACCAACCAAUCAAAUAAGUCUGAUAGGAACCUUGCUUAUCACUACACUCCAGCAAUACACUGCCAGGAAUUUGGAGUGGACGAUUUAAUAAAAGCUUACCUGAAAACA